GAGCUGCUGAACCGUGUCAUGCUCGACUGAGGGGGGAACAAAAAAUAAAUAUACACAUUUCUUACAUGGAAUUUUGACACAAAGAGUCCAGAUGUCUGACUCUGUAUUCUGUUUGGUGAUUUGGUUUUUAUUCAGCACGUCUGCAAUCAGUCUUCAAUCUGCGGUGUUCAUUCAUCACAGGGAUGCUGUACGGAUCCUGAGGCAUCGCCGAGCCAACUACUUCCUGGAGGAGGUGAAACCUGGAGAUUUGGAGCGCGAGUGUUAUGAGGAGAUUUGCUCUAAAGAGGAAGCUGCAGAAAUCUUUCAGAGCAGAGAGAAAACAACAGAGUUUUGGCUUCGAUACCAACGUCAGAGUCAGUGCCGUGAAAAUGUGUGUUUUAAUGGAGGGGUUUGCACUGUAAGUGAAGGACGUUACGCGUGUGUGUGUAUGCCACGUUACACCGGAAAACACUGUGAGACAGAGGUGUUCGAGUGUGAGUACAAGAACGGUGGAUGUUUUCAUUACUGCAGCGACUCACAACCAGUUGGCUCAAGUGUCACCUGCAGCUGUGCUGAUGGAUAUGUACUGGAGGAGGACGGAAAAAGCUGCAAAGUGACGGCACAAUUCCCGUGUGGAAAACAAUGGACUCGGGGCAUUCUACAGCGCUCCUUAUCCGAUGCUCUAAACCACACCUACACCAAGGAAAACCCCACCCACUACCCCACAAACAACAGUCUGUUCACGUCAAACCACACCCAGUCUACAGAGAACACCACUCACACACUGUACAACAUUUCUACAUCUGACGACUCGGAUACACGAAUUGUAGGCGGCCUGCUGCAGCAUCAGGGUGGAAGUCCGUGGCAGGCUCUGCUACGCAGGAAAGAUGGGAAUGGUUUCUGUGGAGGAACACUGAUCGAUAAGCGCUGGGUCAUUACAGCGGCUCACUGUCUACAGGAAACACCUGAUCAUGUGACCCUCGGCGACUUUGAUAAAUUUCGUCCUGACGACGGCGAGCAGAGAAUCAAGGUGGAGAAAGCUAUCGUUCAUCCUCACUUCCACGAGUACACAUUUGACAGCGACAUCGCUUUGCUGUACCUGGCCGAGCCGGUCGUGUUCAGUUCGGUCGUCUCCCCUGCGUGCAUGCCCAAUGCUCACCUGGCCGGUCGUCUGGAGCGACCUGGCGAGAACGGCCUAGUGAGUGGCUGGGGUGCGACUCACUACCUCGGUCGCUCGUCGCGCUUCCUGCUGAAAGUCUCGCUUCCUGUUGUGGACCAGAAGGACUGCAUGGAUUCCACUGAACAGGUGAUCACCGAUAAUAUGUUCUGUGCUGGAUUCCUGCAUGCAGAGAAAGACGCGUGCAGCGGUGACAGCGGUGGACCGUUCGUGGUGAACUACAGGGGAACAUGGUUCCUGACUGGAGUGGUGAGCUGGGGCGAGCAGUGUGCUGCCGACGGAAAAUACGGUGUGUACACGAGAAUCAGCAACUUCCUGUACUGGAUACAAGACGAGAUCAAGAAACAGGAAGAGACAAUCAGCAGGAACACCAAACAAGCCAACACCAGUACGAUAUCAUCCAUACAGUGAUAGAAAAACAUCAUUCUAAUAAAAUUAUUGCCAGAUGUUUUCAGGCACGUGUUUUGUCACAGGUUUUGUGCGAUCACUAAUUCAACAAGAUAUCAGUGUUAGAUUUAAGUAGGAACAUAGUAUUCAAUCUACUAGCUACAAUUCAGGAUCAGGAACCACAAAUCAAUACCACGUACAUGGGAAACAAGUAGAAACUCAAAACUACUGAACGAUGAGUGUAAGCGGUUAUUAAAUCAUUUUAGACCACAUCGCUGUAGAAUGCUUGACUCUGAUUGGUCAGAAUUAUUUUUCUAUAACAGCAGCUCUGGUUUUUGUUAAUGCGCUCGUUCUAAUGCGUUACUGUUUCUAUACUAAACGCUUAUUCAGAGGGACGCUCUGGUGGGUGGACGCGCCACAUAAACGUGCGUCACAGUUGAUAUGGUGACGUUUUCUGUAAGGAGAACUCAUUUAGCUUCUUUUUUUUUUUUCUUUAAAAAAGGAUUUUUGUAAACAGUCGACUCUGCUUGGUGUCGGGUUCCAUCACAUCACCCCGUUGUUGAUUAUUUUCCUAACACCCCAACCCUGGUACUUUAUAAAGAGCCGAAUCACAUGGUAAACAGUGACGAUGACGGGAGGAAGCACGUAUAAUGUGUAUAUUGAGGAAAAGGUCAGAAACAGCAGCAGUGAUAAAUGGAUAAAUAGCAUAAACAGAUUUUUUUUUUUUUUUUUUAAGUGUCAUUCUGAAAUAAAUAAAAAGAUGUCACUGUU